AUGCGAUUCGAGCUCCUCGCCCUCACUGGGCUUCUAUCGACGGCCUUCGCCCAUUCUCUCACCCUCUACAUGCCCGCGACGCCGAACCCAUUCACCCUCCCGGCCUCGACGCACGCCACCCUUUCCUCUCUCCACGCCCACCACUCCUCGCCGUUGUCGAGCCUGAACACCUUCCUCUUCCACAACCUCACGGCCGACUCGUACCUCCUCGAUGUCCACUGCCCGACGGAUGUCUUCCAGCCACUCCGCAUCGACGUCAAGGACGACGGCACCAUUGAGGCCUGGGAGACGUACCGCGGCAACGAGUGGGACAAUAAGGGCGAGAAGAGGGAGGUCAAGGCCGGCAGCGCGGGGACGGGCGUCGAGCUGAAAGCGCUCGGCGGCAAGAUGUAUUUUGCAGAGCGACCUAGCUUCUCGGUCAUGACGAUCCUCAAGAACCCCAUGAUCCUCAUGGGGUUGGUCAGCAUGGUCAUGUUUGUGGGCAUGCCCAAGCUCAUGGAGAAUAUGGACCCCGAGAUGAAGGCCGAACUGGAGCAGCAGCAGCGCAAUGGACCACUGGCCGCCAUGCAGGGCGGCGGCCAGCCGAACCCGCUGGGCAGCUUUGACAUGGCUGCCUACCUUUCCGGCGCAAACAAGAAGAAAGACGAAGGAGUGAGGAGAUGA